CACACACCGAUUAUCAAUCAUCCCAACAAGCUAGAAUUGACUAUCCUUUAACCCUGUUACCUAUUCUACCAAUUUAGACCUCAAUGGCAAGCAAUAGAGCACAAAAGAAAAUGCCCAAGCGAGCCGCUUCCCAGGACAAUGCCGGGGUGCAACCAAAGCGUCCCAAACCAUCCAUCGCAUCGAUCAAAGUACUGGUAGGCCCGCGAGACACGAUGUAUCGGAUCCCCGAACAAAAAGCCCGUUCGUCAUCGGAGUUUUUCGACAAAGCACUGGAGGGGACAUGGAAAGAAGGCACGCAGCGUACUGUCAGGCUUCCCGACGUCGACCCCCGCACCUUCGGAAAGUAUUUCUGGUGGCUCUACCAUCCAGCCUAUACUCCCAGUUCCGAGUUCAAAGACCUUGUCAAGGCGUAUAUCCUGGCUGACAGGCUCAUGGACAACAAUUUCGGGAAUCAGUUAAUGAAUGCGAUUGUGACACGGUUAACUGGUGGCAGCGGCGGAUAUCGCUCUCCUCCUUCCAAGGAGGAGAUGGAGUUCGUGUGGCAGACGUUACCUCCCCUGACGCCGCUCUACCGGCUGCUGGUAGAUUUCGAAGUCCACGUUGGUUCAUUCGCAUCGAGUUGGUUGAAGGACAACGGUGUGGACAAGGGGUUUUCAGCUAUGGAUGGUGAAAAGCUGAGCCGAGAAGACUGGCUGACCCGGCGGUUCAUGCUGCAGGUCAUGUCUACGGCGAUGACUCGGUUUGCGUCUAUUCGACCUCAACCAUUCCAGAUAAGUGCCUCGGAUUACCACCGAGCUGUGGGCGGUGGUGAGACCACCUGAUAUGGCUUGUCAUUCUGCUCUCGCCUCAAAUAACUUAAUAGAUAUCAUAGAUAGUCCCUACCAACUGAAAGCAUCAUGCACCAUGCAAUAAGACAUGCCCUGACACAAACCACAACCUCACACCACGACCCUCCUCUCCCUAAAAUGGAUAUACGGUCCAUCCUUCUUGCUAGUAAAGCACCAAUCGGUG